CCCAAUUCUGACAGUAUAAAAUCCAAUGUCUAGGACCCAGGCUUUACCAGUUGGUUUUGCUAAAUAAGACGUUUGAAAGGGAUUUUUUUUUGCGAUCAAAUCUCAACUCAUCACUUCUGUCAAGAUGAACAAAAUCGUUUUCGGAAUCCUUGCAGUUGUUGCAUCUUUUAUGCUAGUGGAGUCGCUGACAUGUAACAAAUGCGAUGUGGGCCUGGUGGGCGUUUGCCUAAAUGCUGCUGAUCAGGUCUGCACAACCAACACAAGUCGCUGCUUCACUGGAAAAGCUACCUUCCCCUCCCUCAGUACUUUCCUAGGCUUCAACACCCAAGGCUGUCUGGAGAGUGCUAUGUGCAACACCACCGAUGCCACCCUCAUGGGCGCCACCUACACCAUUGUCAGGACCUGCUGCGACACCAACAAGUGUAACCCAGUCACAAUCAGCGGCGCAACCUCUGCCAAGCUCUCUGUCACCGCAGCCCUCAGUGCCACCCUGGUGGCCUCCGUGUGGGGCAGCAUGCUGUACUAGAACUAGAACAACUAGAAGACACAUUCUGAUUCUGAUUCCGAAGAACCAGAAGACAGCCCCAACAUCGAAAUAAAGACUUUACAUCCUCCAGUCUGAAAUAAAGACCAAUCUUAGUAUGUUUAUACAUCAUGAAAUUAGUGUUGUUUUAGUAAACCGGUUUGACGAAAUGUGUGUUUCAUUCACACUGCAUGUUUAAACCAGCUUGACUUGUUUUUCUCAUGUUUUGAUGGUAUGCUGUCACAUCGCCCUCUCAAGUUCUUUGCCUCCUAUCAGAAAAAUGCACCGAGUAUCCAUAAUCAAAGGCUUUUUAGUUAUCACCUCAAAUUUUGAGAGAAGCACAUGUCUCAGAAUGCAUUAAAGACACUCAUUUUGUUACUUAUUAGAUACUUAUUGUUUUGGAAGUCGAUCAGUGUAUUGUUGAAGCUGUAACAUUGAAUUCUUAAACUUUACAUAUGUGUUUUUCUUCGUUCUAAUUAAGCUUAAGUUACUAUGUGUGGCGGCGUAUGUAUUAUGGAAUGAAAAUAAUGGAAAGCAAUCUUUCAUUUUUUGCUGUUUUGAAUUAUCAGCAGUUUUGUAAUUAAAAGGAAUCACUCACUUUGGUGCAAUUUUCACGUGGUACAUUUUCCCAACUCUUAGCAUAAAGAUCGAAACAGAUCAUCAAAAUGCAUCAUGUUUCAAUACUCUAAGUACAUGUUCAAUUGACUGAGUACAACAAACAAAUUCACAAGUCACUUUUUCACUGCACCAGAUCACUUUCAAUUUCCAUUUUUUUGCACCUAAACGUCUAUAUCGGUGGGCGGCAGGUAGCCUAACAGAAAGGUCGCUGGUUCGAAUCCCAGAGCCGACUAGGUGAAAAUUCUGUCUGUGUGACCUUGAGCAAUUCACUUAACCCUUAUUGCUUCUGGA